AUGGCGGCGCUGCUGCAGCGCGGCCUGCGGGCGCUGCCGCUCCUCGCCCGGGCCCCGCGGCGGGCGGCGGCGGCGUGGCCCGGGGACCCGGAGCCGCCGGAGCCGGCGCUGGAGGAGGCGCAGAGGUGCGGAGCGGCCGGCCCGCGGCCGGGGCCCGCGCUGGCCCGGGCGCUCACGCGUGUUCCCCGCAGGGCGCGGCGGCGGCGGGCGGCGGCGCGGAUGGAGCGGCUGCGGCGGGAGCUGGGCGGGCGGCGCGGAGCCCCCGAGCGCACCCUGACCUGGCAGGCCAUGGAGCAGCUGCGGUUCCUGCGGCGGGAGCUACCCGAGGAGUGGCCGCUGGAGCGCCUGGCCCAGGGCUUCGGCGUCAGCACCGACGUGGUGCGGCGGGUGCUGCGGAGCCGCGGCUGCCCCUCACCGAGCCGCCGCCUGCGGCAGGACCAGCGGGCGCUGAGCGCCGCCGCGGCGGCACCGGCACCGCCGCCGGCACGGGGAGCGGGGCACGGCCGCGAGGUGCGCGCCCCCGACGGGACGCUGCUGUACCGGCUGCCGCGGGGCUGGGGCGGGCCGGGGCCCAGUGCGCAAUAAACGCCGCGGGGACCCGC